AUGACAUAUAAAAUUUUCUCUCGUUUCUUUCCGUUCCUUUUAAUUCUUCUAACCACCAUAACAAUACUUAAUGCCGCCGAUCCAAUUACUACCCAACAAGUCAAAAAUCAAUCUUCAAAAAGUUCCGUACCGCAUAUAACAACCAAAACACUAUCUUCUAUCUCGCAAAUUCGACCGACAUUCUCAACAGUCACUCAACCUUUGUUGUCAUCGUCAUCGCCAUCACCAACCCCAACACAAAAGUAUAAUCACGAAUUCAAUUCAUUACCUGGAAAUCCAGAUCCAGAUCAAAUUAAAAUUAUUACAGCCACGACUAUCAAACACUAUGGAACAAAGUCGGCUAAACCUACGGGAAUCGCAAUUACACAUGCCGAAAAUGGGGCGGCAAAUAGGAUGAUAACAUUGA